GGCUUGCUUCAGUGCAGUCGUGAUACGGAUCAUUCGGCACUAUAAUCUGGGUAUUCUGUCUCUAAAAAAAGAACUGGAACUGAAAUUAUCCGGGAAAUAGAACCGGUUCUGCUACAUGCAUAUCAUGCCUGUACUAAUUUCUUCGGUGUUUAAGUAUCUUUACCUAUACGAGCCAUCUUCCGUAUGACCACAGUCUACCGUCAACUCCCCGGCUGCGACACUUCGUAGAGGGCAUGGCUGAAACCAGCUGGAAGGGUUUUUUCCUCUCCGUAUUUGAUUAUAAAACAGAGAAAUAUGUCAUUGCUAAAAACAAGAAAGUCGGUGUGCUGUACAGAGUCGUCCAGCUCGCAAUCAUUGGAUACAUUAUCGGAUGGGUGUUCCUGAAAAAGAAAGGCUAUCAGGACACGGAGGAGUCCAUCCAGACCUCUGUGAUCACGAAGCUGAAGGGGGUGUCCCUCACCAACACAAGUGACACAGGGGUUCACCUUUGGGGCCCCGAAGACUACGUCAUCCCGCCCCAGGGGGAAACAGUAUUUUUCAUUAUCACAAAUUUUAUCGAGACUCCAAAUCAGCGACUAGGGUACUGUGCUGAGAGCUUUAAAGUGCCGGACGGUCUCUGUAGGGAAAAUGCUGACUGUCUGGAGGGCGAUUCUGUCAUAGCAGGCCAUGGAGUUAAGAGUGGACGAUGCUUGAAAAAAGACAGGAACUCUACAGGCACAUGUGAAAUAUAUGCCUGGUGCCCCAUUGAGAGAAACCGACGACCAGAACAACCCUUGUUAAGAAAAGCUGAGAACUUCACCGUCUACAUAAAGAACUUCAUCAGAUUUCCUAGAUUUGGAUUUUCUAAAUCGAAUGUUCUGGAAACAACCAACGACACAUAUUUUAAAAGAUGCUCAUAUCACAAGAGCAGGGAGCCAUACUGCCCUAUCUUUCGCCUGGGGGAUCUGGUUAGCUGGUCUGGGCAUGACUUCCAGGAGAUGGCACUGAUGGGCGGGUCAAUUGGAAUUCUGAUAGAAUGGAACUGUGACCUGGACAAGGGCUAUUCCGAGUGCAAUCCGCACUAUAGCUUUGCACGUCUGGAUGUGAAAUCUUCCGCAAGUUCCAUCACAUCCGGAUACAACUUCAGAUAUACUCGCUAUUACAAAGACGAAGCUGGGAACAGUUACCGAACGCUAUACAAAGUCUUCGGAAUUCGCUUCGACAUCAUGGUCCAUGGGAAGGCUGGGAAGUUUAAUAUUAUCCCAACAAUAAUUAAUAUUGGGUCAGGACUUGCUUUAAUGGGUGCAGGUGCAUUCUUCUGCGACCUGGUGCUGCUCUACAUGAUGAAGAAGAGUACAUUCUACAGAGAGAGGAAAUUUGAAUGUGCCAAGAACAGCACGAAGCGCAAGGGAGAGGAAAAUACCAUGACAGAGGACCGGGGGCACAGGAAACAGAUCCUGGAGCGACGGCAGCUCACGGACCUGUCGCCGGAGGCUUAGCAGAGGGCGUGACGUCGACACCUGGGGGAAACGGCGGACAGGAACGGGUGGUGAGACCCGACGGAUAGGAUAAAGCCGUCCAUCAGUAUUUGUACCGUCAGGCCUUUUAGCACUGACCGGGCGGUCGGAGCGCGGCAGAGCCAGGCAUCGCUCGACGGACUAGGCCCGCUCGAGGGACUAGGCCUCGCACGACGGACUAGGCCACGCACGACGAACUAGGCCACGCACGACGGACUAGGCAACGCUCGACGGACUAGGCCACGCUGCCUCGACAGCUUGGAACGCAUCGUUGCUCUGUCGAGCCGAAAGACGGAAAGCGGGUGUGACCUCGGGACAGAUUUGCCGGAGAACACAACACCAUGGCUGUGCACCCUGGCAGGCACCGUCAGUGGUGUGAUCAAACAGAAUACACUCUGACAUUUCUGUGACUGGGCUUUCUGUUAGCAUUGGUCAGUAGUUCUCACCCCCACUGCUAAAUCAGAGGGGAGGAGACAUGUUAUCAUAUGCUUUUUUAAACAUUUGUGGAAUUUUUUGAAAAUGACAAAAUUAAUUGCAACAAAAAAUGCACAAAUGUUUUAGUAGCAUAGUGAAAGCUGUGCUUUGGACCACAUAUUCAAAUCAGGUUUACAGCCUUUAAGCGAGAAAAAUGCAUGACCCUGCAAUGACUUGAAUUGCGACUCAGAAUUGCAUUAUGCUUGCGGUUUCGUCAGAAAUCUAUGUAACGUUGCUUGCGUACAUCCACACAUCACAGUGUAGUUAAAAUUUGAUCUCUGGGCCUACUGGAGUCAAGUCAAGUAGGUUUAACCCUUUUGGGAAAAUUGCCGACACACCUGUUAACUGUUGGGAUUUCAAGUCUGCAUAUUGGUGUCAUUUGUCUAUGGGAAGGCCUAUACAUCCAUUCCAAGGUGGAUUUAGCCUGUUUACACCAAAUAAUGAAUGGCUCAAAUGUUUACAAAAAUGGAUAUCACCAUCAUCUUUAUAUGUGACCAAGUGAAGACAGUCACUGAUGAGUGGGAUUAGAACCCCUUUUCCAGACCGCAGUGGUAACUGAAACCGGUUGGCUAUCCAAAUUGACCAUGGCAGUUAAGUAGAUUUACUGGGAGAUCAUUCCAGUCGUUGCAACUCUAUGUCUAUACUGUUACAAAGUCACUACUAUAUUUAUUUUGUAUUUAAUCAAAUAGUUUACACUGACAAUUACUGUGACAUUUUUACAUUUUUUUGAAAUAUCUGUGGCGAAUAAAAAACAACAGUCGUGCAUCAUAGCACGGAGAAAAUGAAACGUCACAAAUGAAAUACAUUUAAGUAAGUAAUGUACAAGAUGAUCACACACAAUGGAAUACAAAAUAUAUUAUUGUGCACUGAA